AUGGCAGACGCUCCCCAGGAGAGCUCUGAGGAAUUCUGCUUGCAAGAUGCACCAACUUCUAAAGCCAGCAAAGGACUCUGGAGACGGCUACGAUACAAGAUCUGUGGGGUGCUGCUGUGCUCCCUGAUGCUCUCUCUCAUCCUGACAUUUCUGGGCAUCCACUAUUUUUGGAAUCCGCCACCUAAAAAGAUCUAUGAAAUGGAGCACACAUUUUUCAGCCAUGGGAAGAAUCAGAAGAUCUUAAUGAAGAUAGACCCUCUCACCAGGACAGAGAUCUUCCAAAGUGGAAAGGGCAAUGAAGAAAUUCUGGAAAUACAUGACUUUAAGAACGGAAUAACCGGCAUCUUUUUUGUGGGUGAUCCCAAGUGCUUCAUCAGAAGUCAGAUUAAAGGGAUACCUGAAUCAUCCAUCAUGGAAACUGACGCGCCCGAGGCCGCGGAAACCGCAGCCCCCUAUUCCGAGCCCUCGGUGGUCUGGGUCCCAGGGGAGAAGCCCAUUGAAAACAAAGAUUUCCUCAAGGGCUCCAAGAUUUUUGACCUCUGCCAGAACGUGACCGUGUACUGGAUCCACCCGACCUUGCUGAGAGAGCCUGGGCUCCUUGACUUUGAAAACGAAGGAGAGGAGGAUGACCAGCGAGCUGUGAAUGAGGACGCCUGGGAUGAAGCCCCGGAGGAGGAGGAGGAGGAGCACAAGCUGGCCAAGGAAGCCAAAGCAGGCACCAAGCGCCAGACUCGGCAACUUACUGAAGAGGACCUCCCCGUGAACGACUACACGGAAAACGGACUGGAGUUCCACCCCUUGUGGGACGAGCGAGGCUACUGCUGUGCUCAGUGCCGCCGGGCCCAGCGCUACUGCCAGCGAGUGUGCGAGCCUCUGCUGGGGUACUACCCGUACCCUUACUGCUACCGAGGAGGGCGGGUGAUCUGCCGCGUCAUCAUGCCCUGCAACUGGUGGGUCGCGCGGAUGCUGGGGCGCGUCUGA